AUGCUUUUCCGUUCCAAGUUGUUCAGUUCGUUCCGAGAUUGCCUCGGCUACGCCAAGGUCUGUUUUGUUGCUGUCGCGCGUCUUCCCUUCGUGAUUCGUGAGCGCGCGCCGAAUGAACGGGAAGAGGGCAUCGAAUGUAAAUCGGAUUUCGAUGCUGUUGACAAAGGGGAACAAAAUGUGGCUCAAUUUUUUUGCAAUGUUUUUGCGGAUGGGGCCGAUGGAAAAAGUAUGUUUUUCUUCCGAUCUCCGACGAACUAACUUCGUUUGAGUGGACUAUUUUUUUUUUCGGGACAUUUCGAGUUUCGUGACAUUUUAUUCGAUCGCAGUUGCGGUGCAAAGUGAACGAUUCGUGCCGCCGUUGGAGGUUUCAUGUUUGAGAAAAAUUCACGCGCGCUUCCGAAAACUAUGUUUAGUCGUGCGAUCGUCAAAUUUUACCAUUCGGACAACGAAUUCGUUCAUGUGCUUUUUAUUAUUUAACCAAGUGGUCAAAGCAAAUGCAGACUUUUACAGUGUCGAUCUUCGAACCAUUGCGUCCCCCUGAGACUAUAACGCGCGCUUGAAAACCAUUUAAAUUCUACAUUGAACUGCUUGACUGGAGAAUUAACUUGGCACUGGUUUGUUAAGUGACUUGUCAAUUGAAACUAUCAAGGGUCCGCUCAUUCGAUGCAUCAUGAAGGACUCGGCGCCGCAGCGUAGCUAAUUUCCAUUUAGUCAAAUCGUAGACUAUCGACUGUCGAUGCUAGUCGGAGGUGAAGUUACGGCAAACGUGUUUUAACCGGAGUAUAAAAAUGAUUGAAUUUGUGGAUUAAUACGAAAGAUGCGGAAGAAACACGAGUGAAACAACGUGGCGUGGCGAGUCGUAAAUUCCGAUUAUAAACCGAAAAAAGGGGAGCCUCCGUAUCUCUAUAAAUCUCGGAAGAGCGGAGACUUUUUCCGUCUCUUUUUCUCACGUUGGGAAGCGAUAAGAGCUCGAUUAUGUCGCGUAUUCGCUCUCGAUCCUGCUGAAUAAGAACAACCUCACUUAUCUCGCUUUCUAUGAACUUUUUGAGCAGUUUUUUCACCGCCAUUGUCACGAUGUCGAACGAGCAGGUGGCGCUGAACGCGAGUGAACCGGAGGAUCAAUUGAGCUACCGUAAAAGCGGCGCGAGUCAACCGCACAUCGAUGCCUCGCCGAGAAACGGAAAAUUCGGCACGAGCUCGGCGAGCAACUCGGGCGAGGAAAGUUUCCUCCGCUCGAAUAGUCACCACCACAAUCCUCCUCAUCACAGCAACAACAACAAAUCAACACAAAUUGACUUUCCAAUAUCGGGUUGGCGCUACGGCGGACAAGGAGUGAACUACAGUCGAGCAACGAGGCCGACCUCUGUAGGACAUCUGUCGAAAUUAAAUCAGUUUAACGGAUCGAACGUCUCGAUUUAUACCCCGACGAGGAACACUCUCUACUCGAGCCGCAGCGAGGUUAUACUCUCGCCCAGGAACCGUCAGCCCAGCAGAUUCGUCGCACUCGACAUCCUCAAGUCCUCCGUCCCGAACGCACAAUGCGCACCUUUCUCGGCGAGCAAUUAUUCGACCAACAAUCCCAACUGCAAUUGCUGCUGCAAUUGCAACGGAAUGCAAAACAAUCAAAUGCCCUCGAGCCAUCAGCAACAACACGAAGAUCCUGACGGCCCCGAGGGCCUCUCCUGGCGGAGGCUUCACAUGAGCCGUGCCAAGCUCAAGGCCACUGCAACCACGUCCGAAUUGCUCAGUGGUUUUGCCAUGGUGGCGAUGGUGGAGCUUCAAGUGAACGAACCAACGGCUGUGCCUGAAUGGUUGUUCGUAACAUUCGCGGUAUGCACGACAGUGCUCGUUUCGGUGCACAUAUUCGCUUUAAUGAUAAGCACGUACUUGUUGCCGAACGUCGAGGCAAUAAGUAAGCUCCAGAUUUCGAGUCUGGUGACGGAAUCGCCGCACGAAAGAAUGCGAGGCUUCAUCGAGUUGGCUUGGGCCUUUUCGACGGUCCUUGGUCUCUUUCUCUUCCUCGUCGAGGUUGCCAUUCUCUGCUGGGUGAAGUUUUGGGAUUAUUCGUUUAUGGCAGCGACUGCGAGCACGAUCAUCGUCAUCCCCGUCCUCAUAGUAUUCGUCGCUUUCGCUGUGCACUUCUACCAUUCCUUGGUCGUUUACAAGUGCGAAGCCUCGUCCACCGACAUGGCCGAAUUGGAGAAAAUAAAAAGAAAAUUAGACAAUGCACACAGCGCCCAAACCACCGUAUGAACGAACAAUUCAACAUUUUUUCGUUCCAUCUGCUCAAAAUGUAAAUCGUUAUUGGUAUGUGCAACGAAAAUUUCCUCACAGUUAUCAAGUUCAAUGGCAAAUUUCUUUCUUUCAUUUAUCCUCAAUUAUCAAACGAGAAAAAAGAAUAUUCAUUUUCAUGAUACUUGAAUAACAGUGGAAAAAAAUGCGUUGCAUUUUUAUAGUAUAAAUUGAAACUAAUUCAAUCUGAGAAUUGUUUCUCGUAUAAAUUUAUAAACGCGAGGCAUUUGCGUCGAGUCACUUGGCUUGUGACAUCAUCUUCAGCAAUGUUUUCCUCCCAACCCAGUUUUCCCCGAGCUCCAAAGGAGUGUAAACCCCGUUAAUGGAUCAUUUUUAUUAUUUAUUCAGUAUUUUAAGUUUUUUUUCUGUAUCGCCUGAGUACGAUUGUGCAGAGUUUGCGGCCGAUCCAUAAAUUCCUCGUCGAUUACACGACGCGCGUUAUUCGAUCAAACAUCUUCCCCCUUUCGGUUUAUGAGAAGUGGACAUAGAAAUGGAACCGAUACGAUCGAGUUAUCGCGAUAACGAGACGGUAUCAUCACUUUCUUGUAGCAUCUGAAAAGAAAAGUCCGAUUAUCGUCAUGCGAGCUGUGAAAAGUGUCGCUUCUUAUCGAAGAAUUUCUUGAACAAAUUCGUCGACCUUCAACGACAGAAAACAGAUUGAAAUAAACUUUGUAAAAAAACAGAAAUGCUGUCGAGGCGAAGCCGAGUUCGAUUAUUCUGUGCAAAGUGUAAAUAAAUCUUGGGCUACAUCGCCCGAAACUUCGAGAUGAAAAAUAAUAUAAACCAACGAGGAAGAGAAGAAUCCUCAAAUGUUUCAAAGUCUUCUCGAUCCCAAGACAAAUCGGAAAGCGUUCGCGUUAACGAAUAAAAAAAUAAAAACGAUAAAAAAUGUCGAACUGACUUUCAAGAAGACUAAUUACCGAUAAAUAUUUAGCGAACACGAGUUUGUGACGAGUGAAACGGGAGAUUGCGAACAAUUGUACCGAGGGGUCGUUUAGUAUUAUCAAUCGUGUGCUUCGAUCAGCAUAAUUAAACAAUAAUUCAUGUCCAAUAAGUAUCAAUGUGUUCACUCGAAAAUUUAUGACCAUAUUUGUACAUCGAUGAAAGAAAAGUAAUAACGAAUCGAUUGUCUUCCAAAAAAAUUUUGUAUCUGUUGCACAUGCGAUAUAAAAUUGAGUGGAAAAAAAAAUGUGUAGAAAGAGGGGUUGACGAGGAAAAAAAUUCACAAAACUGA